AGUUUAUUUAAAAAAUUAAUAUAUUUAUUAAAAAGGUGAAAAAUUUUUUAGUUAAGUUUAUCAUCUACGAAAUGAGUGUUGUAAGUAAUAACGCUCCGAUAAAGAAAAAUAAUGUUGGAAUCAGAAGUACAAAAUCAAAAAAAGAAACAAUGUUUGAACCUGUGACUGAAGAAUACCUGCAAAAUAAGGAAUACGUUACUCCAGAAGAUGUUUUACGCUUAUCAAAAAUUACGGAUUGUUACCUUUGCACUCCGGAAGCAAAUAUUUAUCAAAUCGACUUUACCAGAUUUAAAAUUAGGGAUUUGGGAACUGGAAUUGUUUUAUUUGAGAUAGCCAAACCUACAAUAUCUUCAUCUGAUACAGAUGAGCAUGAAGGAGACAGCGAAAUUGAAGAGUCAGAUCCUAAUGCGGGUAGAUUUGUAAGGUAUCAGUUUACUCCACAUUUUCUUAAAUUGAAGACUGUUGGAGCAACGGUGGAAUUUACUGUUGGAGCUCAACCCAUUCAUAAUUUUAGAAUGAUUGAACGUCACUUUUUUAGAAACAAGCUUUUAAAAACAUUCGAUUUCGAUUUUGGUUUUUGUAUACCUAAUAGCAAAAAUACUUGUGAACACAUAUAUGAAUUUCCAGUUUUAGAUCCAGAGCUAGUGAAAGAAAUGAUUUCGCAUCCGUUCGAAACAAAAUCGGACAGCUUUUAUUUUGUGGAUGAUAAAUUAGUUAUGCAUAAUAAGGCCGAUUAUGCAUAUGAUGGUGGAUUAAAUUUAAACAAACAACCCUAA